AUGCAGCAAGUCAUCUCUGACAGCAGUACAGCUCUCAUCUCUCGUCGCCAGCAACUGAAGGCCGCCGGAGAAAGUAGGCGGCUCCUCGUCGGUAUCACUGGAGGACCUGGGAGUGGGAAAUCCGAGUUGGCCCUGGCGAUAUGCCGAGAAGUGAACCGUGUCAGCGGGCAAGAGAUCUGCCGGGUCGUAGGGAUGGACGGAUGGCACUUCUCUCGUGCAGAGCUGGACAAGUUCCCGGAUCCGGUCGAUGCUCAUCAACGCCGAGGUGCACACGAUACGUUCGACGCAGUUGCGUAUCAUAACUUUGUCCGCAGACUACGUGGCAGUUCUGGGGGCGAUACGAUCCGAGCACCAUCCUUUUCUCACUCGCUCAAGGAUCCAGUAGCGGACGACAUCGUCAUCGGUCCGGAACAUCAGAUCGUCCUGAUCGAGGGUCUCUACGUUGCGCUGGAUGUCGAGCCAUGGGCGAGUGCAGCGCGGUUAUUAGAUGAACGAUGGGUCAUCUUGUUGCACGAGCAAUUGGCCGAGGAAAGGAUAUGGAGGAGACACGUCGCUUCGGGAAUAUGUGACGAUGAGAGCACUGCAAGGUCUCGGGCGGUGAACAACGAUAUACCCAAUGGAAGAUUCCUCCUGUCGAGACUAGUCGACACGACCCGUGUCAUAGAGUCUGUCGAGGACCCAGUACUCGCACCCAACCUCAACGUCCCUAUAUCUGCACCAGCACCGAGGAAAUCAAUACCUGAAUCAGCCGCGAACAAUCCGGCACUCGUAAUAGCCUCGCCUUUUUUCCGGCACGAGAUCAUCGACAAGGUCAUCAGCCAAACUCCCGGAACGGACAUGAAGACCACGUUAGCCCUCCUCGCCAGUAAGGUUCGUCUGUGUGAAGAUGACCUCGCUGCUACCGCUACCUCCUCAAAAUACGACAAGCCUCGCAGCAUCGAAAAGCUGCUGGAAGCCAGGAUGGCUUACGCGACCUGUUUGAUGGAGGACGUCCAGAUAGGCAAGGCCGAAGCCGAAGCGCUCAAGCUGCUCGAGUUCGGAAAGGGUAUCGAGAGGCAGAACGGCGAGACCGAGUACCCGCAUUGGACGAUUCAGGUUGCGAGGAAGACUCAGGUGUAUGCACUCGAUCUGCUCAGAGAGAUCGACGAGUCGCUGGGAAAGCAAGGACGAAUGAAGAGAUGGGACGAGCAGAAGGCCAAACUGCUCGAGCGCACGACGAGGCAAGAGGCAUCAUCUUCGUGA